AUGAUGCAAACAGAACAAACCGCGGUGAAGUAUGGCAGAAAAUGGACCAUCCAGAGACCUUCAGUACACAACCCCACGAUCAUUGCGCCUGUUGUGUCUCCUUCUGUCUUCUCGCCAAGUCAUGAAUCUUUAACAUCCCGGGUUUGGCUACACAUCUGCACCACAUUCAGUUCCUUGCUUCACCGAGAUUGCUGUACUCCCGGGAGUUUCAUUCCGCCAUGUCUUCCGCAGUCCGCCUAUCUGAUCCUCGCUUCGCAAGCAGAUACCAGAGCGCUCUGUGAUCCCGCCCCCUGCGCUUCUGACGUUGCUCACCUUCCUUUCAGAGUUCUUCCCCAUGAAUUCACUCCGGAUCCAUCUCGUCGAAUUUGCUCGGCACUUUGCUUCGAUGAACUUGCUAAUGGUGGGGACUUCUCCGCUCUGGAUCAACUUGUCGAAGUGCAGUGGCUGUGCAAGGCCUUUCUCACUUUCGGAAAGGCGCAGCUGACGACCUUCAAAGACGACGGUUGUCCAUUCGCCCGGUAUAUCUAA